GAUAUCUUCAGCUUGUUGGAAUGGGAGCUGCCAUGUGUCUUUCACCAUGCCGUCCUCCAGGUACACAAGCUGUCGAUUGGAGGUGGCUGCAACCACGGUGCAGUGCAACACAUCUCCAGCUCGGUGAGCCGACAGCACAUGGAUGCACUUAGUGAUGCUGAUGUAAAAGUUAGGUAGAAUCAUAGCGCCGUUAAAGGUGCGGCCAGUCUCUAGCAUGUAGCCGAUGGUCUGCUUGGUGGGUGACUCUCCCAGUAUGAACGCUUGUCCUCCAUGAAGUGGAAGCUCACCAAUAAGACUGUGGGUCAGCUGGAGGGACACCCGCUUGACCCUUCCUGCGUCCGCCUUGGAUGUAUGAAACACAGCAUCAGAGUGCGUCCACAACACUGUGGGACCCUUGAAGAUGCGGGCAUCUCCAUUGAGGUGGUGAGGCAGCUGGAAGUCGAUGCAAGGUUCGAGUCUGUUUGACUCACUCACUGUGAACAGACUGUACAAGAAAAUGUCUGCUUUCUUGUUCCUUUUCGCCACAAGAACACAAGGAGUUGUGGUCCUCCUUUGAAUAUCUACGGCGUAGUUACACUUCAGUGAGGAGUCGAUACGGGAAGCGUCUUUGUGACUAAUAACAAAAGAUCCUUGAGCCGCCUUUACAAAUACGUCUUGUUCCGGUUGGAAAGAAAAGCUGUGGAAUGUCAACUCGCUUUUCUUGUUGUCACUUGCGGCGGGAACGUGAUUAAAUGUGAUUAUCUUACCGCAGAAUGACAUGCAAUUAGAAGUUGACGUAACGCUCUUCAUUGUAAGUAGCCUUUGUAGUCCUUGCAAUUGGGGAAAUAACUAUAUAAUAAGUAGUUGUAUACUUUUAAGGGAGUUCAACUGAAACGUGUUGUUUCGACGCUCGAAUGCGCGCGCCAACACGGAAGUAGAGGAGCACAAUGCAUUGUGGGAGUUGACAAUGUAAACAGCGGUGUGUUGACAGGCUUAAGCUAACAGGUUUCUGUUGUAACGCCUGUCCUAAACGCACAGGCACGGCGAAAGCUCGGUUUACAGCAUUCUUGUGUUUGUAUUAAAAACAAAUGCCACACCCAUUUCUUAUUCGAACAACAAAGCGAAGAGGAGUGGCCAAAGACUGGAACCAAAAUGGCUUCGACGGGGCGUCAGUUUCCGACUUGGCAGUGAUUCACCCAAACGGCAGCUAGCUAGCUAGCUAACGAUCGGAAGGGAAGGAAACGCGGUGGCUGUUGAAUAUGGCUGAACUUGAACAGCACCAAGGAGAGCAGGGCAUUGAGGCGAAAAUUGAGGAGACAAGAGAGAGGUUCAAGAAUGAAUUUCUCCAAGAUUCAGCAGAUAAAUACGACCAAAGAGAUGUGGACAGACUGCAGAAAGACAAUUCCUUGGUGGAGGGCUACCUGACGUGGCGGAUUUAUGUUGUGGACGAUGCCUUGAAAAUGAUAGAUGAGAGUUUUCACUGGAGAAAGGAAUUUUGCGUGAACGACCUCACUGAGAGCAGCAUUCCCAAGUGGAUGUUUGAGACCGGCGCGGUCUACCUCCAUGGAUACGACAAAGAGGGCAACAAGCUCUUCUGGUUCAAAGUGAAGCUCCAUGUCAAGGAUUCGAAAACAAUCAUAGACAAGAAGAAGUAUGUGGCUUUCUGGCUGGAACGAUACGUCAAGAAAGAACCCGGGAUGCCCCUGACGGUUGUGUUUGACAUGUCAGAUUCUGGCCUCAGCAAUAUCGACAUGGACUUUGUGAAGUAUGUCAUCAAUUGCUUCAAAGUAUAUUAUCCGAAGUUGCUAUCCAAGAUGAUCAUCAUGGAUAUGCCGUGGAUCAUGAACGCUGCAUGGAAGAUCGUGAAGUCCUGGUUGGGACCGGAGGCCAUCAGCAAGCUCAAGUUCACGUCCAGAUCGGAAAUCCAGUCCUUCAUCGACGCAGAGUACCUGCCGCCUCACAUGGGUGGAACGGAUCCUUUCAAGUACAGCUACCCUCCGCUCCCCGACGACGACUUCCAGACGCCCAUCAGCGACAACGGACCCAUCGUCAGCGAGGACGAGGUUGAGAGCAAGGAGGGCGAGCUGGAGAGCAAAGACGGCCUCGAGUCCAGCUUCAACUCAACCGAGGUUGUCGUCAAGCCCAAAAAGGUGAAUUUCAUCGAGGACCAUUUGAGGACGGACGACAACGAUAAAGCAGAGAGCCGAACCAAGGGAGCCAGGAAACCUGUGACCACGUUUAAGGGUGCCCUGUUGGACAUCAGCCCUGCAGAGGAGCUCAGUUUCGGUUCCGGAGACACGGAGAAGAAAAGCCUCGUUAUCCUGAGCAAUGUGACCAAAAACCCACUGGCCUUCAAGGUCCGGACCACGGCACCUGAGAAGUACCGGGUGAAGCCCAGCAGUAGCACUUGUGAACCCGGCGGCUCCAUCGAUAUAGUGGUGUCCUUGCAUGGAGCUUCUCAGGCGUCCCCCCAGGAUCGGUUCCUAGUGAUGGCCGCCGAGAUGGACAAUGCAGGAUCUCAAGAGCUGGCCCAAUUUUGGAAAGAAUUACCCAAGGCUAAGAUCAUGGAACACAGGCUCCGCUGCCAUGUUCUGGAGAGCGCCAAACCGGCGGCGAGCCCUCUGAAGGACGGUGCGGCCGAGACUGGAAGCAGCAAGGAUAUAAACACGGCGCUCAUGCGAUUGACGGCCAGCAACUCCAGGCUGGAGCAAAACGUCAGGACGUGUCUGCGGAUCCAGAAGGUUCUCGUCGGCUUGGUUCUGAGUCUCGUCAUGCUCAACCUCUACUGUGUCCAUUUGCUGGCGACGUGGCAGCAGCCAUCUUGACCCCCGACGCCCCGUGAAGAAGAAGAAGAAGAAGAGUCUGCCACCUCAGGGGGUCGUUUACCUCCUCCCCCCGUCUGUCUCUCCGUUGCCAUGGCAAGAGGAGUAGCGCCAAAUUAUGGGGUAUGACACUUUUAAGAACCUCACAGCAUUUUUUUUAUGCUGAGCAUAAUUCUAAAAAAUAGAUAUAUUUAUUGCAAAAUAAUGAGUAGGAGAGGUUUAUUUUUGUGAGCGUAUUGUACAAUAUUUUAUAUGAUAUUCUACCACAGAUAUUAAAAUAAACUCUUGUCAGAAAAAAAAAAAAAAACUAAUUUUGUUCAGGCGCUCCUUUCGAAGAAACGCAUUCAGCCGCGUGCGUCUAAUUGAAAACACGCUGAUGUUGGAGCCGAAGCUCUCCACAACGAGAGCAAGGAGCCACAGGAGAUCCGUGUCUCCAUUUCUUUUAAUUAGCCAACACCGGCCCACUAAAUAUACACAAGCAAUUAGCGGCGCCCCCCGCCCCCACCCACUCCUUGCAGCCUAUUGACUAUCCACGAUAUCUAUAACAAGAUCGGAGCAAUCAGGACACGAGGAGCGAUCACAGUUUGGUUCCCAAACAUGCGGCGUAGUGCCGCGCUAUCCAAACACGCUCCAGUGAUGAUUGCAAUGAUUCAGGCAAUAAUGAGCAAACUAAUGCAAUGUUGAUUACGAGGUUGUUGGGGGACCUGAGUUGUCUAACCUACUUUUGGUCUAACCUACUUUACUUUCUACUCUUCAGAUGGUUCUCUUGUUGUUCCCAGCAACUUUUUCUCCGCACGUAACACCUGCUUUCGCUACGUUUCAGACCAUUUGGGUGGUGAAUAUUUCACAGUGUUACUAGACUGUCGUUCUCUAGAGAGUAAAAAGUACGCCAAGCGCUUACACGUGCAACAGCGACUAGAUAAAGGUGGAGUGGCAUCGACAUCGACAUCGGUGCUGUUUCACCACAUAUGUUCCUACAUGACUUGGUACAGACCGUGUCUGUCAUUCUCCAGGCAGCUCCAGGAGCCACAAGCUACUCAAUUAGAUUGAUUUUACAUCACAUCAAAACAUGCUUCAACGUUAGCUUGACCUCCAGCCCACAUGCAGUCUAUGGAGACCUGCUCCUUUAGGGAUCAAUGGGAAAUGAGUGCUGUGCUGGAGUGGAUGAAAUGUUGUUUCUGAAGAA